GAUUGGCUCCAAUCAAUGACGUCACUAAGUGCUUGGGCGCACAGUGACAUCGCGCGACAAACUGGUGUCGAUUUCAUGCAUCGCCGACGCUACAAAAACAAAACAUUUGUAUGCAGUCACGAUUUCGAGGUAAAGGAAAGAAUCGGCUGCAGUAUGGAAAUUUACGAAGCAAAAUACGACUACUGCGAUGAUUGCGGAGAGAGUUUGCUUAGUUUUAGUAAAGGGGAUAAAUUCUUAAUCACUUACAAGGCUGAAGGAGGUUGGUGGGCAGCUCAGAGUUUGUCAAGUAACGAAAUCGGAUAUAUCCCUUCAUCAUUCGUUGAGUGUGUAGCAAUAGUUGAUCCACUAACCUUAAACCAAAUGGAUGUGACUUCAAAACCAGAGAAAAUAAAAAUGGAUGCAUUAUGUGAGCUCACUGCAAAAAUUCAACAAAAUCCCCAUCCAGGAAGGAAUCAUCCAAAAUAUCCUAAAGAAGAUUACCUUGAUGUUGGAAAACAAACUCCACCAACAACCCCAGAGCUGAAGAGAAUGACAGCUCCUCUCUCUGCCUCCAAGGAACAAGAUGAAUUACGAAAAGAUCUUAAAUUUACCCAGCAAAGAGGUAUUCAGCUGGGCAGACCAGAACUUGUUAAAACGUGGGAAAAAUUUGAACAGAAGAAGUCUGUCAAAGCAGAAAAAGAAAAAAACUGCGACAGUGAACUAGAAUCCAGGUUUCGCAGUAUUUCUCAGAAACAAGAGAAUUUGGAAAAACAGAAGGAAUCAGAAGCCACAAAGCCAGAGUUUAUGAGAGUUAGCCUCAAGAAAUCCACUAGAGAGGUUGAAGCUACAAGCUGACCAUGAGGCAUCGGACCGUGCAGACUAUCACCAGAUAAUAUUAUGUUUAAGAAAAAUUCAGAAGGGUUGCCAUGUAAAAAAGGAAGAAGAAGAUGAAUUUGUUAUUUUGUAUUGACCAGUUCAAGUUAGAUGUUCUUUCCAUUAUAAAGGUAACAAGAUAACCCUUAGGAGAUACGUAAAUAAUAGUUGUUUAACUUAAACAGAAAAAAAUAAAAUGUUUUGCUUUGUUUUUCUACGCUGCAGAGAUGCCAUAUUUUCAUUAAGAAUUUCAACUGAUCAAAAACACGGAAAAUACAUAGUUAAGGGGGUCGAUUUAGUCAGUAGCUCACUGAUGAAUCAGUUACAUGUACAUUUCUUUAAGCCAUACUUGAUACCAUUCUUGCUUUUGUAUAUAACGUCUGAUGAAAGCGUGCACACAUUUCAAAAGCUGUUGAAACACAAUGGAAUAAAUUUGGAAUGACGUAAACGUGUGUGACACUGCACCGACCGUUCAAUCACAGCACGUGUUGCCAAUAUAACGUUCAUUUUAUAGUGUACUUAAUACUUAAUCUCAUCUUUCAUUACUAGUAUAUCAUUCUCUUUAUAAAUAUAAUACGUAUCUCAUCGGACUAAAACAAGGGCCACUUUUUGCGACGUUAUACUUCUGUAGGCUCACAGGUUAUGAGAUUUCUUAACUUUCCCUUGUGUUUCCUUUAUUUAUUUACGUUAUUUUUUAUAUUUGAUUUUUUUUGUUAUUGAUUUUACUUCUGUAACUUAAUAUUACAACCUGUAACUCGUUAACGAUUAUUUUUGUAUUUCACUCUUUUACAGAAAGAUUAUGGUUACUUUUUCUAAGGUAUUUAAUGAUCUUUGUCUAGUUUUCUUGCCUUGUUAUUAUAUAUUAGGCUCUUUUUGUUUUUUGUGAAUUUGGUUCUGUAAAGUAGUUGAAGUAGUGCAGAAUCCUCGUCAAUCAUGGCUUGUAACCACUAUCAUUAACACUGAAAUACUAUCACAAUGUCUACAUUUUCUCAAGCCGUAUUUGGCAAAUGCAGAUAGACUCUUGAUUGAAAGGUGUUAUAUAACCACACUGAUAGACAGAAUGAAACACGGAACCUCGAUUUUGCCCAAGACUAUAUUUCGCGCACAUUCUAUGUUAUAGUUUGUAAUACUUGGUUUUAUGAUUUGUUCUUUCCAGACAUUUACCCAGUUUGACUGACAAACGAAUUUGUUAUGUCCUCGUCUGCAACUUUAUCCUCAAAGCAAAACUUCUAUUUCCAAAUUUGGGAGACGUUUAAAACUUCACUAGUGAACUGUUAAGUAACCGUUCAGUACGUUAUUCUAGAUAUACUUCAGAACUUGUAGACCAAUUUCAAGAUCAAUGUUAAAUGAAGUAAACUGGCUGUUAUUAACGAUAGUUAAAUAUUCAGAGUCAUUAUGUUGUUCGUAAACACAAAAUUAAAUUGCUUUGUAAACAAAA